GCAGCAGGGCGACAACCCAUGCCAGCCCGUAGCUGCCGACCACUUCAUACAGCACAUCCAAAUAUUAACCAACGAUGUCAAGAAAAGCAAAGGAGGAAUAUCAUCGGUUCUUCUCCGUGACGGAAACACGCACCCACGAGAAGGGACACACGGAAUAUAAAGUUCUGGCAAGGUUUGUAUCAAAGAGAAGACCUGAGGAUGUGAAAGAGGUGGUGGUGUGGAGGAGAUACUCGGAGCUGAAGAAGCUGCAUGGGGAACUGGCCUACACCCACAGGAACCUCUUCAGGAGACAGGAGGAGUUCCCGCCUUUCCCCCGGGCACAGCUCUUUGGGCGUUUUAACGAGGCAGUGAUCGAGGAGAGACGGCAGGCUGCGGAGGCCAUGUUACUGUUCACCACCAACAUCCCCGCGCUCUACAACAGCCCCCAGCUCAAAGAGUUCUUCAGGGGUGGUGAGGUGACCCGGCCGCUGGACCCAGCCUGCGCCGCCUCCUCCUGUACGGAGCUGCCCCCUCCCCUCAUCCCGCUGCCCGAGGGCCAGGAGGCCCUGCUGCCCGAGGCCGAGGAGGAGCUGGGUAGGGAGGAGCCGCCCCAGCGCCAGGAGCUGGACGAGGGCACCGACUCGAGCGCCGAGCUGGGCGAUACAGAGGUGGGCGUGGAGGCGUACGGGGAGAUCGACUGUCCGUCUCCCCCGGCCUCGCCCCCUGCUUCGCCGCCGGCGUCACCUGCCAAGGAGGUGGAGGAGACGUCACAUGCGGAGAGCCCGGAGAGGAACGGGACAGAGGAACUGGAGCAAGCAGAAGAGGCAUCUCCCCCGUCUCUCAACUCCACCUAUGAGAAGCCAGAGGAGGUUCAGGAGGAGGAGCUGGACCUGCUGUUCGACUGCACAGGAGAGGAGGCCGCUUCAGACCUCGGCCCGCCCCCGCCCCCGCUCUCAGACACCGACCUGGCCAUCUUUGAUCCGUGCGCCAAAGAAGAUCAGCCUUACGGAUCAUUCGACAACUCGGAGCUGCUCUCCGCCAUGCCCACUGUGACGGCGUCCAAUGAGAGCAGCGAGUCGGCGGGAGGCAGGGAGGGGGAGGCGGAGGCGGAGGGGGAGGGGGAGGCGGCCUACCUGGCGGUGGCAGCCAGCGAGCUGAAGGCGGCGCUGGAGAAGGAGAGGGAGGGCAACAUCGGAGCAGCCAUCCUGCAGUACAGGAGCGCCGUGGACAUCCUCAUCACAGGGGUACACGGAGACCCUGAUCCUCUGCGCAGGGAGUCUGUGAAGAGGAAGACGGCCCAGUACCUGCAGCACGCAGAGACCCUGCUGCACCUCCACUCCCCGAAACACACCCCCACACACGCACACAAGAACAAGACAUAGUACACACACACACACACACACACACACACACACACACACACACACACACACACACGCACACAAGAACAAGACAUAACACACACACACACACUCACACACUCACACACUCACACACACACACACCAAUAACAGACCUGACACUCUGUCACUCACUCGCACUGUUCUUCCUCGUCAGGCCUUUGCAACCGUCACACUUGAUCAGACUCUUACGCACUCUUGUCACUCACUAACAAUGUCACACACACACCUGCUCCGGCACACACACACACCUUCUCCCGCACACACACACACACCUGCUCCAGCAUGUGCACGCCACCAGGUGAUGGCUGGUCAAAUGCAGCUCUGAGAAACAAUGUUUUAUAUAUUGCACACAUAAUAACAUAGAUACAUAUGGGACCAUAAGUAUACACGUAGGUACACAUUUUUUGGGAAGAUGGAUCCCAUAUAAGAGAGAAAAGAUCGCUUCAUGUAUCACAAGAAAAAUUGUUUUUGAUUAAGAUUGCAUACAGAUAUGAUAUGAAUGGUUGGUUACACGCAUAUGUACCGAUAACGGGUGAGAAAAUGUGGACAUGUUACACUCAAAAAAAUCUUUUGAUUAAAGAACAUUGCAUACAGUAGAUCUUCCAAGACUACAAAGUAUUAAGUGAGCACAAGAACACACACACACACACACACACACACACACACACACACACACACACACACACACACACACAAAUAUGAAGCUCCUUGCUCUCUGUUCUGAUGUGGCUCCCAUAAAACUCAAAUGUGUGCACACAAGCACUGCACUGACACCAAAUACUUAUUGCUUGCACAACACAGACAUCUUUUAAACUGCACAAAUCUCCACCACGUACAUACAGCACACUUUUGGAUUCUGUUUUCGGUACGCUCUGCUCUGCUCCUGAGCUCCUCCUCUACCUGAGGUCGCGACCCCACCAGCCACCCACACACUAUACUCCCUCGCACCUCCGUACCAACGUACCACUCUGCUGCCUCUCAAAACACACCUACGGACGGUCACUCACUCAAUCACUCACUCACUCACUCACUCACUCACUCACCAUAUCCACUCCAGAACACAAAUAUAUAACACUAUGCAGGCAAGCGCGAAAACACAAGUGCAUAUGCCACUUGUGUGCAAAGACGGACAAGGACUUGACUGGAAAAAAAAAAUCUUUGCUUUAUAAAAGAAUCUGACAGCUGUGACCUACCUACGACAGCUGUGACCUACCUACGUACAUAACUUCUGGAAACGCCUUAAGAUUGAACGAGUGUCCUUUCAACGGCUUCUUAAUUUAUCUUUGAAAAGAUAUAAUUUAUACCAACCCCCCAUGUUAAAAUGUCAUACCUCUUGUAUGGUGGUGUUGUAAAUAAUGUCUUUGUUUCUGUGUUGUAUGAUAUUUUGUAAAUAAGAGAAAAUAGACUGGAAUGAUCAAGA